UAGAGUUUUGUCCUUCUUCGCUUCCCUUACUGCCUCACUCGCUCAUUCACUCAGUCACUCGGUGAAAAAGUUUUGUUACAGUGUUACAGCCGCGUCAUGCAGCAUGAAAACGACCUGUUCUGAGAAGGGAUCUUGGGCUAAGUACCGGACACCUUUGUUGAGGCAACACAUGACGUGCACCGAAGCUUCUUCCUUCCGUUUACUUCAAGUCCCCAGUGAUACACUCAUCACAUGCCUCCGUGUCCUACAAAUGAGCUGUGAUUGAGAUGACAGAGGCAGAUGUCAGUGGAUUUGUCAUGGACGUGCCGUCCCCGCGGACCGGCAGGUACCCGUUGGAGAGGGACGUGCCUGUAAUACGCCUCAAGAAUGAUGCCGAACUCAGGGAAAUAUAUGAAUUUGGAAAGAAAUUAGGUCAAGGUAGCUUUGGAGUUGUUUAUGAGACCACACACAUCGAGACACAGACAAACUGGGCCAUUAAAAAAGCCUGCAGACCAGCGGCAGGAAGUUCAAAAGUCAAGAUGCUGGAGCAGGAGAUAAACAUUCUCAAACAAGUGACUCACGCUCACAUCGUACAUCUCAAAGAAGUCUACGCAACACCAAGGAUGAUGUAUUUGGUUACAGAGCUGUGCACUGGGGGUGAUCUGAAGCAGCUGCUGAGGCGGAAAAAGUUCCUCACAGAGGAUGAGACGAGACAUAUCAUCCGUGCGCUGGCUGACGCCAUCGUCUACCUUCACAAAAGAGACAUCGUGCACCGAGACCUGAAACUUGAAAACAUUCUUGUGAAAAAUCCUCCAGAUGAAGGCGAUAAUGACAGGAUUAAUAUCAAGGUGGCCGACUUUGGAUUAUCGGUGCAGACGGGUGGUGUGGGGAUUGAGAACAUAAUGACAGAGGCCUGUGGAACUCUGAUCUAUAUGGCGCCUGAAAUGAUGAGCGACCGUGGUUAUACGCAGUGGUGCGAUGCGUGGAGCAUAGGAGUCAUCAUGUACAUGCUACUGUGUGGGGAGCCGCCGUUUGUGUCGCAAACAAAGUCCCUCUUACUUGAGGAGAUAACGAACAGAGAAGUCACGUUUCCUCAGUCCACGUGGGCCACAGUCAGUGACGCAGCCAAGAAUCUGUUGACUUGCCUCCUGAAGGUGGACCCCGCCUACCGCAUGUCUCCGAACCAGCUCCUCGAAAACCCGUGGAUCACAGGUGACGCCACUGUACCUGCCGUACCAUCCAACGUGCUGAUCAUGAUGCGGAACUACCGGGAAGAGGAGGAAAGAACACAGAUCCUGGAGAACCUGUCUCUCACCUCUUCUGAGGACACUGUGGAUCUAAAGCCACUCUGCAGGGCAGCUCCAGCAGAAGCAGACUGCAGGAGUCCCGCUAAGCUCCGCCCGGAGAGAGACAGCAGCUUCUACCCACGCACCACAUCCACGGAGCAGACUAAAUGCUCUGAACCCUGGAGACCACGUCAACCCACUGCCACACAGGUGUGUUCACCUUUGACCUUUGAGCAGCCCGGUGCCACAGUGAAACACAGCGCGCGGCCCGGUGCAAAGCAGCCGUGCCGGCCUCGGCACAACAAGGACCCCAGUCCAGGACUCAAAAACCAGAAAGCGGCUUCUUACAGCCAGAGACCUUCUACCUCGAGUAAAACAAAAGUGUCACACAGGCUGGUUCCGCUCCAUGUGAAGGCAGAGGAUUGGGACCGGGGGCAGCCGCGGGUCUAAUCCCGCACGGAGGCCAUUGAAAGCAGUGGGAGCUACUUUGAGGGCACUGCCAUUCAAACUGCAGAAUAAUCCUCCCAGCAUAGAUACAACAUUAAAGUAGCCAAGCAUAACACACAGAGGCUGAAUUUCAAAUUCACCCAUUUGCAUCUUGAAGUGAACGAGUGCCAACGCGGGAGCCUCGUGUUCAGACACGGGCUCUGUUUUUAGUGUGAAUGUGCAGAUUUCUGUGCAUGUUUUUAUACAGAUGUGUCAUUAGAAUGAACACAUGACUUAUCUUUGAUUCAAGCUGUUUGCCAAAAGAGAAAAAAAAACAACCACAAACUGCAACGUUAUUGACAUGAACUGUUACUACAGACAGCAGAUGGAGCUGUAGGAAGUCACUGAAUUCAUUUCCUGUGCUUAGUCUGACAGGAGAGUGCCACCAUUGAAGCUUCCUAUACCUUGACGUGUGCACGGAGAUGUUUAAUUAGAAUUGAUGGCUUAAGUCGGUCGCCAUGCCAAACUGUGAUGUCCAUGUAAUCUGUCGCUAAUUAUUAUGUGGUUAAUGUCUUGGUGGAUUAUUCAAACAAAAAUAAA